CGGUGACCCAAGUUGGCAGGAAAAUGAACGUGAGAUCACAGCCUUGAUGUGAUUGGCUGUGCCGCUUCGGGCCGAAUUAGGCAGGCAACCACUAACGAUGUCAAUGGUCGACGACCUUACUAACCGCCCCGCGGCCGUCCCGGUUUUUCUCUUCCUUCUUCGUCAUUUGCAUUGCGUCUUUCCACACUCUUUUAACGACAAGGCAAGUACCUGCCUCUCUUUUAACAGCCGGAGCUGCCCAAACUCUAUGCGUUGUUCAUGAUUGCAUAGCCCUAAUGACCGUUCCUGACCCUCCAUGGAAGCAGAAGACUCGUCCAUGUCCGUUCUAUUCACAAGGACGCUGUCUUUUUGCGGACUCGUGCAACUUCCUGCAUACCGCCAAGGCGCACCCAUCUGAAGGUGUCAUUGUCGCUGCGACAGAGUCUCCACUACCCUCACCGCCUCCGACGCCUAUACUUCGUAAACGACGUCAAGGCAUGACUCCCAAACUCCAAGACGGGGAUGAAGAGUUCAUCGAAGACUCUGAAAGUGAUGAUGAGGACCUCCUCACUGCUAUUGUGCAGACCGUUACAGGCUCAGCCAUUCUAGUGGAGGAACCCGGAGAACUUGUGUCGUCCGAGGUCGCUCGUACGCAUGGAUCUAGGUCUGGCUCGCUUGCUUCUCUCGGGGACGCUACCGUUAUGCAGAGAUCAAUCCCUCUUGCUGAGGAACCCGCUGUGUUGAAAGGUGCCUCCGUAACCACCAUCGCUCCCCACGUAGCGGAUUCGCGUGACUUUGCAUCGGCCUCCAUAGGAUCUGCAUACUCCAAGGAGAACGGAAGGAGAAGCUCUAUCUUUGUACACCUUACCAAACGAGACGCUUCCACCGAGUACGAAGGUUCGUCGAGUGCUAAUCAAAACGCUCUUGACGACGAGGCUGCCGGUUUGGUUGGCGAAUCGACUGUUAUUCAGAAGCCAGUUCCUGUGAUAGAUGAAAGCGCCGGAUCAUCAGACUCUAUUGAGUUUCGCUCUUCCUUCCACCAGGAUGGCUUAAUUCAAGCUACAGCGUCCCCACGUGUAGAUACUCCUCGCAAGGACCACCGUUUUACUGGGUCUCAAGCAUCCUCUGUUGGACAAUGCAAUGCUGACAUUGGCGUUGCUACACCUCGCCUUAGCUGCAUACUUGCUCUUGGUGGUACCAGAGCUAGUGUUACUGCCGCUAGUGUGAAGUCGGAGGCAAAUCUCAAGGCGAAUCCGGACGGAGGGUCUAUCAAGCAGUCGCAUGACUAUGAAGAGUCUCUGCCGCUCCCGUCGGGUUUGCUUUCCCCGAUCGAGAUCACUGCUACACCUCCCAUUGAGCUCCCACCUGCUGCAUCCUCUGCUUCAUAUAUGCACGAGCAGCGAGAGUCAGUGCAGAGCACAUUUCCGGUCGGCUCAGACAAUGAAGACGAACGCAUCAUGCCAUCCACCUUCCGCACAUCGCCGCCGCGCAGCCCGCGACGUGUGUCGAUGCUCUCGACACUCUCGUCACGGUCUGGCUCAACUACUGACCGUAUAAGCCCGAGCAUGGGCUUGCGCUCCUCAUUGUCAAGGCCGACUUUGACGUCGAGGAGUGAAAGAUCCGUGAUCGCAGAUGAAAUCUCGCCAAGCCAGUUCCAGGAUGCGGAUUCGCUCUCGGGCCGACGUUCGAGUGCUAGUCGUGAUUCUAUGGCCUUGGCAUCGCCCGUGUUGAAUGAGUCUGAGGCGGAAUACACUAGUGCAGACUGGUCAUUGUCUCCACCGACACGGACAGGGAUGUUCGCCAAAGUCCUAUUCGCCGGACUGUCAUCGAUGCUCCGCUGCUAGGUAACAUAACCUCUGCUACUUCCUCAGGCUACUCCCGGACGCCUGCAAACGAACCGA